AUGACAUUGCAUCCUUCACCCAUCACUUGUGAAUUUUUGUUUUCCACAGCUCUUAUUUCUCCAAAAAUGUGUUUGAGCCACUUGGAAAAUAUGCCUUUAAGCCAUUCAAGAACUCGAGCUCAGAGAUCAUCCUGGAAGCUGUGGCUCUUUUGCUCAAUAGUUAUGUUGCUAUUUCUCUGCUCCUUCAGUUGGCUAAUCUUUAUUUUUCUCCAAUUAGAGACUGCUAAGGAGCCUUGUAUGGCUAAGUUUGGACCAUUACCCUCAAAAUGGCAAAUGGCAUCUUCUGAACCUCCUUGCGUGAAUAAGGUGUCUGACUGGAAGCUGGAGAUACUUCAGAAUGGCUUAUAUUUAAUUUAUGGCCAAGUGGCUCCCAAUGCAAACUACAAUGAUGUAGCUCCUUUUGAGGUGCGGCUGUAUAAAAACAAAGACAUGAUACAAACUCUAACAAACAAAUCUAAAAUCCAAAAUGUAGGAGGGACUUAUGAAUUGCAUGUUGGGGAUACCAUAGACUUGAUAUUCAACUCUGAGCAUCAGGUUCUAAAAAAUAAUACAUACUGGGGUAUCAUUUUACUAGCAAAUCCCCAAUUCAUCUCCUAGAGACUUGAUUUGAUCUCCUCAUUCCCUUCAGCACAUGUAGAGGUGCCAGUGGGUGGAUUGGAGGGAGAAGAUCUUCAAUUUCUAGAGUUUGUCUGUCUACAAAAAUCAACACAAACAGAACUCCUCUGCAUGUGAAUUUUCAUCUAUCAUGCCUAUCUGAAAGAGACUCAGAGGAAGAGCCAAAGACUUUUGGUUGGAUCUGCAGAGAUACUUCAUUAAUCCAUGAUAAAAUAAAUAUGGAUGACAGAGGACAUGUGCUUUUCAAAGAAUCUUUAUCUAAUUCUUGAAUUCAUGAGUGGAAAAAUGGAGUUCUAUUCCCAUGGAAGAUUUACCUGGUAUGCAAAAAGGAUCUGGGGCAGUAGCCUGGCUUUGUUCUCAUAUUCUUGGGCUGCUGUAAUUCAUUCUUCUCAUACUCCCAUCUUCUGAGACCCUCCCAAUAAAAAGUAGACUGAUAGGAUGGCCACAGAUAUGCCUACCAUACCCUACUUUAGAUAUGGUGGUGUUAGAAGAUAAAGAACAAUCUGAGAACUAUUGGAAUAGAGGUACAAGUGGCAUAAAAUGGAAUGUACACUAUCUGGAAAUUUCUCUUGGUUUUAUCUUCCUCAGGAUGCAGGGUGCUUUAAAAAGCCUUAUCAAAGGAGUCAUUCCAAACCCUCACGUAGAGCUUUGUGAGAACUUAAUGUUGGUAUGUGUGUCUAAACAUUGCUAAUUGUAAAGAAAGAGUAACCAUUAGUAAUCAUUAGGUUUAACCCCAGAAUGGUAUUAUCAUUACUGGAUUAUGUCAUGUAAUGAUUUAGUAUUUUUAGCUAGCUUUCCACAGAUUGCAAAGUGCUUUCAUGAAACAGGUAGCAAUUCUAUGAAGUUAAUUGGGUAGGCAUUUGGAGGAAAAUUUUAGUGAUGAGAAUGUGGUAGCAUAGCAUAGCCAACUUUCCUCAACUCAUAGGACAAGUGACUACAAAAGGCAAUGGGUUGUGCCCUGCAUUGCACUGUCUCAGCUAUAGAAUUGUUAUUUCUGCUAUCAUGUUAUAAGACUCUAAAAUUUAGCAAAUUCACUUUUCAGGAAGCGUAUUCCCCUUUAACCCAAGGUGAGCAGAGUGAAGCUACAACAGAUCUUUCCUUCACCAGUACACUUUAUUUUUUUUCCUCCCUGAAUCGGGGAGACCCAGGAUGCUGUUCAGGCCUUAACCCAACCAAAUUCCCCUCUUCAACUUGCAGGGCCCAUCUUAGUCAAAUGUGCUAACUUCUAAAGUAAUAAAUAGCACUAAUUCAAAAUUUUUGGACUCUUAAAUUAGCUACUUGCAGGUUCUCGUUGGAAGGUAUAUAAUAUUACAUUGUAAACAAAUUUAAAAUAUUUAUGGGUAUUUGUGAAAAGCUGCAUUAUGUUAAAUAAUAUUACAUGUAAAGCUAUUUAAAAGAAUUUUUUUUUGUAUUUUGUGUAACAAAAAUUGCUCAGGAGCAUGCUAAGCCUGAGGCCAAGUUGUUUCUUAGUAUGACUUUUUUAAAAAACAUCUGCUGGGUAGCUACAGGGCCAAAGACUUGGAGAGCUUGUUUCUGUUGCGUUUGUAUAUCUUCUCAGGAAAUUAAAGUGUGUCAUACAUAUGUGUGUGUGUGUAUAUAUAUAUGUAUGUGUAUAUAUAAAAUCUUGGUGUUCUUGA